AUGACGGCGGUGGCUGCCGAGCUGGAGCACAUGGACCUGCAGCAGCAGUACAGCAGCAACGACACGGUCAACAACCGCUGGGAUGACGAGUGGGACAACGAGAACAGCUCGGCCCGCCUCUUCGAGCGCUCCCGCAUCAAAGCACUCGCAGAUGAGCGGGAGGCGGUGCAGAAGAAGACCUUCACGAAGUGGGUGAACUCUCACCUGUCCAGAGUCUCCUGCAGGAUCACCGACCUUUACAUGGACCUCAGAGAUGGACGCAUGCUCAUCAAGCUGCUGGAGGUCCUGUCAGGGGAGAGACUGCCGAAGCCGACUAAAGGCCGGAUGAGGAUCCACUGCCUGGAGAACGUUGACAAAGCUCUUCAGUUCCUGAAGGAGCAGCGCGUCCACCUGGAGAACAUGGGCUCACAUGACAUCGUGGACGGAAACCACCGUCUGACUCUGGGCCUCAUCUGGACCAUCAUCCUCCGCUUCCAGAUUCAAGACAUCAGUGUGGAGACCGAAGACAACAAGGAGAAGCGCUCGGCCAAAGAUGCGCUGCUGCUGUGGUGUCAGAUGAAGACGGCAGGAUAUCCAAAUGUCAACAUUCACAAUUUCACCACAAGUUGGAGAGACGGAAUGGCCUUCAACGCCCUCAUCCACAAACACAGACCUGAUCUGAUCGACUUUGACAAACUGAAGAAGUCCAACGCUCACUAUAACCUGCAGAACGCCUUUAACUUGGCCGAGCAACACCUGGGACUCACCAAGCUGCUGGACCCAGAGGAUAUCAGUGUCGAUCAUCCCGAUGAGAAGUCGGUCAUCACCUAUGUGGUCACUUACUAUCACUACUUCUCCAAGAUGAAGGCCUUGAAGGUGGAAGGGAAACGUAUCGGAAAGGUUUUGGAUAACGCCAUUGAGACCGAGAAGAUGAUUGAGAAAUACGAGUCUUUGGCCUCGGACCUGCUGGAGUGGAUCGAACAGACCAUCAUCAUCCUCAACAACAGGAAGUUUGCGAACUCUCUGAUGGGCGUCCAGCAGCAGCUUCAGGCCUUCAACACCUACCGCACGGUGGAGAAACCCCCAAAGUUCACAGAGAAGGGCAAUCUGGAGGUUCUCCUCUUCACCAUCCAGAGUAAGAUGAGAGCCAACAACCAGAAGGUCUACAUGCCCCGAGAAGGAAAACUCAUCUCAGACAUCAACAAGGCGUGGGAGCGCCUGGAGAAGGCGGAGCACGAGCGGGAGCUGGCCCUGAGGACGGAGCUGAUUCGGCAGGAGAAGUUGGAGCAGCUGGCGAGGCGCUUCGAUCGGAAGGCGGCCAUGAGGGAGACGUGGCUGAGCGAGAACCAGCGGCUGGUGUCUCAGGACAACUUCGGCUUCGACCUGCAGGCGGUGGAGGCGGCCACCAAAAAGCACGAGGCCAUCGAGACCGACAUCGCGGCGUAUGAGGAGCGCGUUCAGGCGGUGGUGUCCGUGGCGAAGGAGCUGGAGGUGGAGCAUUACCAUGACAUCAAACGCGUGGUGGCGAGGAAGGAAAACGUGCUGCGGCUGUGGGAGUACCUGCUGGAGCUGCUGAAGGCCCGGCGGCUGCGGCUGGAGAUGAACCUGGGCCUGCAGAGGGUCUUCCAGGAGAUGCUCCACAUCAUGGACUGGAUGGACGAGAUGAAGAUGCUGCUGCUAUCCCAGGAUGAAGGCAAACAUCUCCUCGGGGUGGAGGACCUGCUGCAGAAGCUCUCUCUGGUGGAGGCCGAUAUCUCCAUCCAGGCAGACCGAGUGAAGGCCGUCACCUCCAACGCUAACAAGUACUCAGUGACGGACGGCGGGUACAAACCCUGUGACCCACAGGUCAUCCAGGACCGCGGCCACCUGGAGUUCUGCUACCAGGAGCUGACCCAGCUGGCCGCCGAGCGCCGCGCCCGCCUGGAGGAGUCUCGCCGCUUGUGGAAGUUUUUCUGGGACAUGGCGGAAGAGGAGGGCUGGAUCCGCGAGAAGGAGCAGAUCCUCUCGUCUCUGGAGGCCAGCAGGGACCUGACGGGAGCGGUGCGCCUCCUCAGCCAGCAGCGCGCCCUGGAGGACGAGAUGAGCGGCCGCGCCGGCCACCUGCAGCACACCAUAUCCGAGGGCCAGGCCAUGGUGGAGGCCGGACACUUUGGCUCCACCAAGAUCCAGGAGCGAAUCAACGACGUUCAGGCGCAGUGGGCGGCGCUGGAGCAGCUGGCGGCUGCCAAGAAGAGAAAGCUGGAAGAGGCCCUGGCUCUGCACCAGUUCCAGACCGACGCGGACGACGUGGACGCCUGGACCCUGGACGCUCUGCGCAUUGUUUCCAGCGGCGAGACGGGCCACGACGAGUUCUCCACGCAGGCGCUGGUCAGGAAACACAAGGACGCGGCGGCCGAAGUGGCGAGCUACCGGCCGGUCAUUGACUCGCUACACGAACAGGCCGCCGCGCUGCCCAAAGAGCAGGCGGAGUCAGAGGAGGUGCGUGGGCGGCUGGAUGGCAUCGAGGAGCGCUACAAGGAGGUGUCAGAGCUGACGAAGCUGAGGAAGCAGGCGCUGCAGGACGCACUGGCGCUCUACAAGAUGUUCAGCGAGGCCGACGCCUGCGAGGUGUGGAUCGACGAGAAGGAGCAGUGGCUGAACAGCAUGGAUCCCGAGAAGCGGGAGGACCUGGAGGUCGUUCAGCACCGGUUUGAGAGUCUGGAGCCGGAGAUGAACAACCAGGCGUCCCGAGUGGCUGUGGUAAACCAGAUCGCCCGGCAGCUGAUGCACAGCGGUCACCCCAGCGAGAAGGAUAUCAAAGUUCAGCAGGAACUCAACAACAGGUGGAGCCAGUUCCGUGAGCUGGUGGACCGGAAGAAAGAAUCCCUGAACUCUGCACUGGGCGUGCAGAACUACCACCUCGACUGCAAUGAGACCAAGUCCUGGAUCAAGGAGAAGACCAAAGUCAUCGAGUCCACCCAGGAGCUGGGCAACGACCUGACCGGCGUCAUGGCGCUGCAGCGCAAACUCACCGGCAUGGAGCGGGACCUGGCCGCCAUCGAGGACAAACUGGGCGACCUGCGGGGUGAGGCGCAGCGGCUGGCCGAGGAGCACCCAGACCAGGCCAAGGCCAUCACGGGCCGGCUGCAGGAGAUCACAGCCGUCUGGGAGGAGAUGAAGAACACCCUGAAGAACCGCGAGGAGUCUCUGGGCGAGGCCCGGAAACUGCAGCAGUUCCUGCGAGAGCUGGACGACUUCCAGUCGUGGCUGUCGCGCACGCAGACCGCCAUCGCCUCUGAGGACAUGCCCAACACUCUGGCCGAGGCCGAGAAACUGAUGGCGCAGCACGAGAGCAUCAAGAACGAGAUCCAGAACUACGAGGAGGACUACCAGAAGAUGAGGGACAUGGGUGAGAUCGUGACACGGGACCAGACGGACGCGCAGUACAUGUUCCUGCGGCAGCGGCUGCAGGCGCUCGACACCGGCUGGAACGAGCUGCACAAGAUGUGGGAGAACCGGCAGAAUCUCCUGUCUCAGUCCCACGCCUACCAGCUGUUCCUGAGGGACACCAAGCAAGCCGAGGCCUUCCUGAACAACCAGGAGUACGUCCUGGCGCACACGGAGAUGCCGACCACGCUGGAAGGCGCCGAGGCCGCCAUCCGGAAGCAGGAGGACUUCAUGACCACAAUGGACGCCAACGAGGAGAAGAUCAACGGUGUCGUGGAGGCUGGCCGCCGCCUCGCCAGUGACGGAAACGUCAACGCCGAGCGCAUCCUGGAGAGGGUGGUUUCCAUUGACGACAGACAUAAGAAGAACAGAGAGGCUGCUGUGGAGCUUUUGAUGAGGUUGAAGGACAACAGAGAUCUGCAGAAGUUCCUGCAGGACUGUCAGGAGCUGUCUCUGUGGAUCAGUGAGAAGAUGCUGACCGCUCAGGACGUUUCGUAUGAUGAAGCCCGAAAUCUUCACAGCAAGUGGUUGAAGCAUCAGGCGUUCAUGGCCGAACUGCAGUCCAACAAGGAGUGGUUAGAUAAAGUCCAGAAGGACGGUGCCCUGCUGGUGUCGGAGAAGCCGGAGACGGAGGCGGUGGUGAAGGAGAAGCUGUCGGCACUGCAGACCAUGUGGGCGGAGCUGGAAUCGACCACUCAGAACAAAGCCCAGACUCUCUUCGACGCCAACAAGGCGGAGCUUUUCACACAGAGCUGCAGCGAGCUGGACAAGUGGCUGGAAGGUUUGGACAGUCAGAUCCAGUCUGACGACUAUGGAAAGGACCUGACCUCUGUCAACAUCCUGCUGAAGAAACAACAGAUGCUGGAAAAGCAGGUGGAGGUGCGUCAGAGGGAGGUGAGGACUCUGGGUCAGGAGGUGCAGGACGCGGACGAGGUAGAUGAACGUCGACACGUGGUGGAGAAGAAGUUUCAGGAGCUGCUGGAGCCGCUCACACGCCGACGGAACUUUCUGGUGGCCUCCAGAGAAGUCCACCAGUUCAACCGCGACGUGGAGGACGAGAUCCUGUGGGCUCAUGAGAGAAUCCCUGUGGCCACGUCCACCGACCACGGACACAACCUGCAGACCGUGCAGCUGCUCAUCAAAAAGAACCAGACGCUGCAGAAGGAGAUUCAGGGCCAUCAGCCGCGCAUUGACGACAUCCUGGAGCGCAGUAAGAGUCUCCUGCAGGACCAGUCUCCCAACGCCGACGCGAUCCGGCAGCGCCUGGCCGACCUGCAGCGCCUCUGGAGGCAGCUGAUGGAGGAGGCGGAGCGUCGCCACGGCCGCCUUGAGGAGGCGCACAAAGCCCAGCAGUACUACUUUGACGCGGCGGAGGCGGAGGCCUGGAUGAGCGAGCAGGAGCUGUAUAUGAUGUCGGAGGAGAAGGCCAAGGACGAGCAGAGCGCCGUCGCCAUGCUGAAGAAGCACCAGAUCGUGGAACAGGCCGUGGAGGACUACGCAGAGACGGUUCACCAGCUGUCGAAGACCAGCCGAGGACUGGUGGCCGACGGACACCCCGACAGUGAGCGUAUCAGCAUGCGUCAGUCGCAGGUGGAUAAGCUGUACGCAGGUCUGAAGGACCUGUCAGAGGAGAGGAGGGGCAAAUUGGAUGAGAGGCUCCGCCUCUUCCAGCUGAACCGAGAGGUGGACGACUUGGAGCAGUGGAUCGCCGAGCGGGAGGUGGUGGCAGGUUCACACGAGCUGGGACAGGACUACGAACAUGUCACUAUGCUGCAGGAGCGUUUCCGCGAGUUUGCCCGAGACACGGGGAACAUCGGGCAAGAGCGCGUGGACGCCGUCAACCGGCUGGCGGACGAGCUGAUCAACGCGGGGCACGGCGACGCGGCCACAGUGGCCGAGUGGAAAGACGGUCUGAACGAGGCUUGGGCCGACCUGCUGGAGCUCAUCGACACGCGCACGCAGAUCCUGGCCGCCUCCUUCGAGCUGCACAAGUUCUACCACGACGCCAAAGAGAUUCUCGGCCGUAUCGCCGACAAACAGCAGAAGCUUCCGGACGACGUGGGCCGCGACCAGAACACGGUGGAGACGCUUCAGAGGAGUCACACCACGUUUCAGCACGACGUCCAGGCCCUCGGCACGCAGGUGCGACAGCUACAGGAGGACGCGGUGCGGCUGCAGUCGGCGUACGCCGGCGACAAGGCGGACGACAUCCAGCGCAGAGACAGCGAGGUGCUACAGGCGUGGACCGGCCUCCUGGACGCCUGUAACGCUCGCCGGCUCCACCUGCUGGACACCGCCGACAAGUUCCGCUUCUUCAGCCUGGUGAGAGACCUCCUGCUGUGGAUGGAGGACGUCAUCCGACUCAUCGAGGCCCAGGAGAACCCCAGAGACGUCUCGUCGGUGGAGCUGCUCAUGAACAACCAUCAGGGGAUCAAAGCAGAGAUUGACGCCCGUAACGACAGCUUCACCUGCUGCAUUGAGCUCGGGAAGUCUCUAUUGGCUCGGAAACAUUUUUCCUCCGAGGAGAUCAAGGAGAAGCUGCUGCAGCUCACUGACAAGAGGAAGGAGAUGAUUGACAAGUGGGAGGAUCGGUGGGAGUGGCUCCGCCUCAUCCUGGAGGUGCACCAGUUCUCGCGGGAUGCGGGCGUGGCCGAGGCCUGGCUGCUGGGUCAGGAGUCCUACCUGUCCAGCAGAGAAGUGGGUCACAGCGUGGACGAAGUGGAGAAACUCAUCAAGCGCCACGAAGCCUUCGAGAAGUCUGCGGCCACCUGGGAAGAGCGCUUCUCCGCCCUGGAGAGGCUGACCACGUUGGAGCUGCUGGAGGUGAGGAGGCAGCAGCAGGAGGAGGAGGAGGAGCUGAGGAGGAGGAGUGCGCCCCCUGUCUCUGAAGAGGUGCAGCAGCAGGAUGAAGCACAGCAGAAACUUCAAAGCCCGACCCUCCAGAAUGGAGAGAGCCCUGAGCAGGACAGCAGCCUGGAGGGCGUAAACCAAGGAGUGCUGGUGAACGGCGAGCGCAGCUCCAAGGAGGCGACUCCCACCCCCUCGCCGACGAGCGGCAGGAAGAGCAAAAGCCAGUCGUCCACGCUUCCCGCCAAGAACCCGGAGUCGUGCUCGCAGCUGGAGGGACUUCUGCACCGCAAGCACGAGUGGGAGGGCCACAACAAGAAGGCGUCCAACAGGUCGUGGCACAACGUCUACUGCGUCAUCAACCGCCAGGAGAUCGGCUUCUACAAGGACAGCAAGGCGGCGGCCCAGGGCGUGCCCUACCACAACCAGGUGCCCGUCAACCUGAAGGACGCCACCUGCGACGUCGCCACCAACUACAAGAAGAAGAAGCACGUCUUCAAGCUCAGACUGACGGAUGGAAAUGAGUUUCUGUUCCAGGCCAAAGACGAGGAGGAGAUGAGCACCUGGAUCCAGGGGAUCCUGAACGCCGCCGCCGAGCGCUGCGACCCGCCGGGCAGCCAGCCCGGCACGCCGGUGUCCGGCCGCGCCCAGACGCUGCCCGCCGCCGUCACGCUCCCCGCCGAGUCGAGUCCGGGGAAGCGCGAGAAGGACAAAGAGAAGGAGAAGGAGAAGCGCUUCAGCCUUUUCAGCAAGAAGAAGCAGUAGGAGCAGAGCGGCCCGAGACGCUUUGGUGAAACCUCGCAGCCGGAAGUCACCGUCCGCCGCUCGCCGGCGCACGCCACCCCUCAUCCUCACUCCUUCAGUUGCCGCCUCCUCUGACGUUCGCUGCCGCUCCAAGGCGUCGCCGUGACGCCGGCGUCCAGCAGCCAAUGGCAGAGCCCGACAGCGUUUCACCAAAGCGUCUCGUCGUUCGUGGUUGUUCGCCGUUUAUUUGCCUUUUGUUUGUUUGUUUUUGUUUGUUUGAAGUCAUCUUGUCGGAUCAACGCUGUCACGCGCGGUGAUGUCACAGCAGCUCGCCAAUCAAACCGUCCACCAUCUUUACUUCAGCCUGUGUGUCAGUGUGCGUUAAAGAGAGUCCCCCCCGUCUGUUUGCUCGACACUAAAACUUCUUGGUCAAAAAUGUUUUUCAAAUCUUAGUCAAGUCGACUUAAAAAGACUGCAGCCUUAAUCCGACACGAGCGAAAGUUCCAGAGGAAGUCGAGCAUCUCGACUUUGUGACAGUUUAAUUACCACAGAGGGUUUCCUCUUCAUGUCAGCAGGUAGAUGUUAAAGGGUAGCUCCAAAAGGAAAACAACAACCUUGUACCGCAAAUCGCAAAGCAGUGAUGUCAUCGAUGACCUUCAACCAAUCAGACGAGCCGACGCCACGACAACCUGUGGCAUCACCGAGUCGCAGUGGAACUCCGAUCCACGUUGACAUCACUGAUCCGCUGUGGCGUCAGCAGGGACCACCCUUCUUUCUGUUUUUUUUUUUUUUUUGUUUCCCUUUGCGUCCUCAGUUUUUUGAGGCUGUUCUUCUGGACCAAUUGUUUGUUUGUUUACUUUAUUUUUUGCCGUUAUUUGCCCUCCGGGAGGAGUUGGAUGUAGAAACUCACCUGCAUGCUACGUCAGGCUCCGCGCCGACAUCUCACUGACACUAAGCUCCUCUGCUUCAUGUUUUUUUCUUUUUUUUUCAACACUUCUUUGCUUCAGCGUCGGUCGGGACGACGGCGAUGUCCGUCGGGGGGGCCGUGUGAUGGAUAACAGCUCAGCUUACUCGGCUCAGAUCUUUUCGCUCUUUGAUACUCGUGUUGCUCUCCGUCUGCGUAUAUUUAUCGUAGCCAACAUGUAUGGAAGUUACUGCACAAUCAGACCUGCAUCGUACCAACCAAGAAGAAGCUAUUUGAAUAUUUAAAGUGAAGUUAGAUGGUAAAAAGCUUUUCUCAUGUAUGAAACUGCACCUGUACGCUCUCAUUAAAGCUCUCAAACUUUA